AAUUAAGAGCCGGAGCCACCCACCAAACUGAAUCUAUGGAUGGAGCAUUUGGAAAGGCCCCAGCCCACCGGUGAGGACACUGGCCUGCGUGUGUCAAUUGCUGGAGAAUCUGCUGGGGAUCAAUUCCUUUUGCCACUGUUACAGUGUGGGCUGCAGGGGCAUACAGCAUCAGGCACUGUCUAUCUAGAGUCGCUUAUCUCCUUUCCUGUAUCUUGCUGUGUCAGUUCCUGGGCUGCUCAGUGAUUCGGGCUCCCGGGCACGGCUGCAAUGCACAAGACCGAUCAUCCCAGCAAGGUGUAACUGGGAAGGGCCUAGGAAAGGACCUCUUAGGCAGCAUCUCCCCAGAGGCAUCCCGGUUCCCUGUCACUGUCUCCCAAGGGAAGGUCUGGGCGCCCCAUGGCGUGGGGGUGUCAGAGUCGGGCUGAACCUGUGUGCGAGCGACUGGGUGGCAGAAGGCCCCACGAGGGGGAAGGGCAGGGGAGAUCAGGGCGGGGCAGCGGGGGGGUUAUCUCAUCCUGUGCCUGCCACAGGGUAGAUCAGCUGAUGAAAAGGAGGCUUCGAAGCUGCGGGCGCUGGGUUUAGCCUCCCAGAGCCCUCACUGCUCAGUGGAGUGAUGCCAGAAUCCCCCCGGCACCCAGACCUGGCCGGCCCGACUGUCCCAGUCUCUGACCGAUCACUCCACGGACACUGACUGCUCCCUGUUCUGUAGCCCACCAGGAUGGCAGGAGCUCCCCGUCCCUUCCUUCUUUUCCUCCUGCUGGUUUCCCAGCCCAGGGACACAAGUCCUGCUCAAUCAGUUUGUCUCCCCAAACUGAUGAACGGUAUUCUGGGAGAAUCAGUCGUCCUCCCGCUUGAUUCCGGGGAGACGUUCAAGAGCAUCACCUGGUCCGCACCCAGCCCGCACCAGGACGCACCCUCAGGCAGAAGGGUGCCUCUUGCUGUUGUCACACCGGGGGGCCCCGGAGCCCUGCCCCGUCUCACUGUGGAGGACGAGAGAUACAGAGGGCGAGUGAGACUCCACGGCCGGAGCUAUUCGCUGGAGAUCAGCAACCUGACGAUGGCAGAUGAGGGUGAAUAUGGAGUAGCGGAAAACACAGUCGCACACAAUAUGUACUACUGUGACUAUCCAUUGCUCAUCUACAAGCGACUGUCGGAGCCGGAGAUCAGGGUCCAUCCUGUGAUGAUUGGGAACGGCACUUGCAACGUGACCUUCACCUGCAGCGCCGGGGAGAGAGCCAGGCACCUCAAUUACACCUGGACACGUCCCGCAGGAGGCGCCGUUCUCGCCACCAAGGAAUCCCUGCUGCUCCAGCACAGACUGGGGGACGAGGACUCGCCCAUCACCUGCACGGCCACAAACCCCGUCAGUAACAGCUCGGCCAGCGCCUCCCCCAAGGUGGCCUGUGAAGGUCCCGUUCUGCCCCAGACCCCAGCGCUGUCCUACUGCCGCACCAAGGGGAUCCUUGUGCUGGGGGUGCUGGGAGCCCUGCUGGCCGGGAUCCUCAUGGUGCACGUCCUCCCCACGAGGGAGCAGAGACGGCCGUGAGAGGAGAGGAGCUUCCACUGUGGCUGUUCAUCCCCCUGCCUCCGGGCUGGAGUUUCCCACGCGAGCCAGCUAAUGAAUGAGAAUGCCCCAUCGCCCACUGCAAAAGCCUCAAUUUCCCUUCCCCUCAGGAAACAGGAGCACAGCGACGCUAUUGCGCUAGACUCGGCCAAACGUGUAGCAAUCCCGGAUCCUCCGCCUGACUGUUCUGGGGCACAGGGCAGGGGCAUCUCCAGGAUCGGAGUCUCUCUCUGGCCCAGCGACCAUGGAGUUAUGUAUAGAAAGUGGAACAGCUGGGAUAGGAGUGACUGAGAGACACCCUCCCAAACAGCCUGGUGCACAGGGCCUUCCACGGGGACGUGGGAGAUCUGGGUUCACGUCCUGCUCUGAAUCAGGCAGCACUGGGAUUUGACCCCAUGUCUUCCACAUCCCAGCUGAGUGCCCUGACCUCUAGGUGAUGGGGACUAGGGACUCCUGCUCUCACUUUGGUUUUAUCUGAGAAAUGGCUGAGCUGGCUCAGGUCCCCAUCUCCAGGCGAGGGUUCGUGGCUGAGGGUCCCGGCUGGAGAGAGGCACCUAGUGCCAGCCGUCCCUGUGGGGUGGAAGGCCCAGAUCAAUAGGAGCUGUGAAUCUGGGCCCUAAACCCCACCCCUUUCCUCUGCAUUUCACUCCUGGCCUGCUCAGCGAGCAGGCCUCUGAAAAUCCCUUCCUUGGGUGCCGAGCUCUGCCCAUGUGUAGGACUGCUGAAUUUCUAUUUGCAGAAAAUAGAACACCCUUGCCCCGCCCCUUCCCUGAGGCCCCACCCCCACUCCCUCCAUCCCCCCUCCCUCUGUUGCUCGCUCUCCCCCACCCUCGCUCACUCACUCAUUUUCACCAGGCUGGAGCAAGGAGUUGGGGUGUGAGAGCGGGUGCGGGCUCUGGGGUGGGGCUGGAGAUGAGGGGUUUGGGGUGGAGGAGGGGCCUCCAGGCUGGGGGUUGAGGCCGAGGGGUUCAGAGUGUGGGAGGGGGCUCCAGGCUGGGGCAGGGGGUUGGGGUGUGGGAGGGGUACAGGCUGUGGGCUGGGGAGUGCAGGCUCCGGAGUAGAGCCAGAUAUGAGGGGUUCAGGGUGUGGAAGGGGGCUCGGGCUGGGGCAGGGGGUUGGGGUGCAGGAGGGGGUGAGGACUCCAGCUGGGGAUGCGGGCUCUGGAGUGGCGCCGGGGAUGAGGGGUUUGGGGUGCAGGAGGGGGCUCCAGGCUGGGGCCAAGGGGUUCAUAGUGUGGGAGAGGGGUCUGGGUUGGGGCAGGGGGUUGGGGUGCAGAAGGGAGUGCGGGCUCCAGGAGGGAAUUUGGGUGCAGGAGGGGGCUCAGGGCUGGGGCAGGGGGUUGGGGAGUGGGAGGGAGUGCAGGGUGCAGUCUCAGGGAAGGAGUGUGGCUGCAGGAGGGGGCUCAGGGCUGGGGCAGGGAGUUGGGGCAUGGGAGGGAGUGCAGGGUGCAGUCUCAGGGAAGGAGUGUGGCUGCAGGAGGGGGCUCAGGGCUGGGGCAGGGGGUUGGGGGGCAGGAGGGGGUGCAGGCUCUUGGAGGGAGUUUGGGUGUGGGAGGGGGUUCCAAGCUGGAAAAAGGGGUUGGGACUUGGGAGGGGGUUUGGGGUGCAGGCUCCAGUUGGUGCUUACCUCAGGCAGCUCCAGGGAAGCUGCCAGCAUCUCUCUCCGGCUCCUAGGCGGAGGCGCUACCAGGUGGGUCUGCGUGUUGCCCCCAUCCACAGGUACCGCUCCCGCAGCUCCCAUUGGUUCCUGGUGGAGCUGGUGGUCUGGGCAGGGGUGGCGUGCGGAGCCCCCAUGGCCGCCCCUACGCCUAGGAGCCAGAGGGAGAUGCUGGCAGCUUCCCGGGAGCCGCGCGGAGCCGGGCAGGGUAGGGAGCCUGGUCUGCUGCACUGCCGGCUGGACUUUUAAAGGCCUGUGUGAAUCUGGCCCACUGUGACUUGCAAAGCAAAGUGAAACUGGAGGGCAGGGCAGGUUUUUGUGCUGCUUGGACCCAGCCUCUCUAAGCGCUAAUGAACUCUUCAGUCAGCUUUCACUGCCUGCAGGCGCUGGGCGGGCACUGGGCUUUUAAAUCCUGGCUCAGGGAGUGUUUGCACUCAGGGGCCGGCUGCCCUGCUGUUCUGCACAAUGCUGAACUAGCUCUUUCACAUGGUCUUGUCUGGAUUUGCUGCUCAAGGUUUUCUCAUUAAAGCGCUUCUGGGAACCAGAAUUAAUGACUGAC